AAGAAAGAAUCCAAGGAGGAGGGAGGAAGGAAACGGACGGUUUUAAUUUGUAGAAUAUUCUGUGAAGAGGUUAAUGAUUCAGCAAUCGCAAAAGUGCCGUUAAAACAUGUCUGAUUAGUUUUCUAUAGCAUUAUUUUAAGUUAAUUCUUUGUUUCAUUGUGUACGAAUUGUGAAUCUUCCAACAACCAGACGACGACCACAAUAAAAUGGCGACGGACCAAGCGAAAAACCGCAUGCAUGUUUUCAAGAAUACUGGCAAAGAUGUCGAUGAAAUGCGCAGACGACGAAAUGAAGUGACAGUUGAGCUUAGGAAGAAUAAAAGGGAAGAAACGCUUCAAAAACGUCGUAAUGUACCCAUUAGUGACUCUACAGACGAAGAUGAAAUUGAAAGAACAUUGGCAUCUACAGAUUUACAAGAGCUGGUUAUGAAUGCGGCGAACAUCGAGAACCCCGAAGUGCAGCUAAGCGCAGUUCAGCAAUGUAGGAAAUUAUUGUCCUCCGAUAAGAACCCGCCAAUAGACGACUUGAUAAAAACAGGGAUUCUUCCUAUUCUCGUCAUGUGCCUUUCUAGGGCAGAUAAUCCUACGCUCCAAUUCGAAGCAGCUUGGGCCCUUACGAAUAUCGCGUCAGGGACAUCUGCCCAGACGAACAAAGUUGUCCACGCCGGUGCAGUGCCAUUGUUCUUGCAAUUACUCAUGUCACCCCACGAGAAUGUUUGUGAGCAGGCUGUCUGGGCCCUCGGUAACAUCAUUGGUGAUGGACCAGUUCUGCGUGACUUUGUCGUAGAGUUGGGAGUUGUCAAACCUCUCCUUAGUUUUAUUAAACCCGAUAUCCCGAUAACUUUUCUCCGUAAUGUAACAUGGGUGAUUGUGAACUUGUGCAGGAGUAAGGAUCCUCCACCCCCCGUCAAGACUAUCCAAGAAAUAUUGCCUGCUCUCAAUGUUCUCAUCACACACACAGAUAUCAGUAUUUUAGUAGACACAGUAUGGGCCAUCAGCUAUCUAACAGACGGAGGCAAUGAACAGAUCCAAAUGGUCAUAGACUCUGGUAUAGUGCCUAAACUGAUACCGCUGCUAUCACACAAGGAAGUCAAGUGCCAAACCGCAGCCCUGAGAGCUGUCGGAAACAUUGUCACAGGAACAGAUGACCAGACGCAGGUGGUGCUCAAUUGUGAUGCCCUAUCUCACUUCCCAGCACUACUGUCACAUCAGAAAGAAAAGAUCUGCAAAGAGGCCGUCUGGUUCCUCUCGAACAUUACAGCUGGUAACAAGCAACAAGUGCAAGCGGUGAUUGACGCUGGCCUGCUGCCCAAGAUCGUGGACAAUCUCAGCAAGGGCGAGUUCCAGACACAGAAGGAGGCAGCUUGGGCUGUCUCGAAUCUGUGCAUCAGUGGCACAAAGGAACAGGUGGCGGCGCUCAUACAGUGCGGUGUUAUACCGCCACUGUGCAAUCUGCUCUCUUGUAAGGACACACAAGUCAUCAAUGUGGUGCUGGAUGGUCUCAGCAACAUGCUGAAGAUGUCCGGAGACAAUGCGGACCAGGUCGCCAACAUGAUCGAGGAGUGCGGAGGCAUCGACAGGAUUGAGGAGCUGCAGGGCCAUGAGAAGGUGGAGAUCUACAAGUUGGCUUAUGACAUCAUCGAACAGUACUUUGCUGAUGAGGAGGAAGACGCGACUCUGGUACCAACGUCGGCAGAACAAGCCUUCCAGUUCGAGCCGGCGUCCAGCGGCCCUCACGACGGCUUCCGCUUCUAGACACACACACACCACACCACACAUACACACACACACACCUCCACACAUCGACACACGAGUCCACAUCUGUGGACAGGAAGACACUCCAUACUAUCUGAAGUCUUUGUUUUGGUAGUUAUGUUUAGUCAGAUGCGAUUUCGGAUUACUAUGGGACGUCUUGUAUAGAAUCUAGGAUCAUUCAAUAAUUUCACGUGAACGGGAUCGCCCCGCAGUCGACAGCGGCUGUAUAUUAUAUAAUCUGUAUAUUUUCCUAGAAUGAAUUGGCCGUUCGAGAAUCGCCCCCCGCGGACUCCAGCGCCGCUGCCAUUCAUCCCGCGACCCGCUCACGUCGAACUAUUGGCAUAGCAAUAAUAAGUGUCUGUUGUGAAAUAAUUUAUUUUAUUAAAAAAAAAAAAAUAAUGAUGCGAUUAGACAAAUGUUUAUUUGGAAAUAUCUAAUUGUGUACAGUACUCGAAUUGAGGUAACAUUUUAUCGUCGAUCCUAGCCAGCGGGGCUUGUGCCGCAGUCGAGUGUGGAGACGGUUACGGCCCGAUGGAUUCACGAACCAAGAGUUCUGUUGUGUCGGCCGCCGGUUCGUCGGUUCACGGGCGUCGAGCAAAAAGGCCUUAGCACCGUGUUCGUUGUAAAAUUCGCGUUUUUAAAGUAAAGUAAUGAUUAAUGUUGUUUGACAAUCGGUGCUACGGUUUCGUUGUGAUACAAAAUAUUGUGAUGUUUGAAGAGUUUUUCAUUGUUUUUUCGUAUUCGUAGGCUCGGGGCUGCGGGAGUGUGAGCUAGCGGAGGCCGAUUCUAUAUAUGUUGAGAAUGUUUGCGCAGAUAGCGUCACGCUAUCGACCCUUUAUUAGCACAGAUCAGUUAGAUUGAGGAAUUGCUACGUAAUGUAGUUACAGUUUUAUGUGCUACCAAGACUGUUACAUGUUAUAAUAUAAAAUGCUCCAAUGUUGGAUUUAUUUUAAAAUCUUUUGUUAAUGAUCCGCUCGAGCACAUUCCCGUGGAUCCAACUAAAAUGAGGACGGACAGCAUAGCUUUAAAGUAAGUCCGGACGACUAGUGUAUCCGCUUACACAUUGCUUUUGAUAAUCAUAACAUAGUAUUUAUGUUUCGACUUAUAACUCGGAAGUAUCAUUGAUACGGGACACGACGUGACAUUAUGUUCGGAUACGGAACCCAUUUGUAACUAUAUAACAAUAAAUUCUGUCCAAUU